AUGGCUCGCUCCUACCAGGGUCAGCCUUCCGGAAGCAGCCCUCACAGCUACUCCCCUGUCAACGACGACAGUUCUGACAGCGAUGACAAUUCGGAAAGUACUCCCUUUGCCAAGCACAACAGAGUCCAUCUCUACCAGCAACCAGAGGAGGAUGACGAGUUAUACCCCAAAGUAGGUCCAGGCGCAGACCUCUGGACCACCUUCAGGACACGACUGAGAUACUACGUCCCCGUCUUCCGCUGGCUACCCCACUACUCCAUGGACGGCUUCGGACACGACUUCAUCGCCGGCCUCACCGUCGCCUGUCUCAUCAUCCCCCAGUCUCUGUCCUAUGCCACCGCCCUCGCCCACCUCGACCCCAUCCACGGUCUCUACUCUGCCUUUAUCCCCGGUGUCAUCUACUCCAUCUUUGGAACCUCGCGUCAGCUCUCUGUCGGUCCCGAAGCCCUUGUCUCUAUGCUGGUUGGUUCUGCUAUUGCCCAGCAUCAACAUGCCAUCGGCAGCACGGAUCCCAAGACUGCAGUCGCUAUCGGAUGCAUCAUCACCCUCUUUGUCGGCUUCUUCACUUUCUUCCUGGGCUUUGUUCGUCUUGGAUUCCUGGACUCUGUUCUCUCUAGAGCAUUGUUGCGCGGAUUCAUCACCGCCGUCGCUGUCGUGGUUAUCAUUGAGCAGUCGAUCACCCUCUUUGGACUCAAGGAAAUCGCCGAGGAAUUUGGCAUUGGCGAACAGUCCUCUACCGUCGAAAAGGUCGCGUUCAUUGCUGAGAACUUUGGCCGCAUUCACACCUUGACCACGAUCGUCUCCUUCUCGAGCAUUGCCUUCUUGCUCUCGUUCGGCUCGCUCAAGAAGCGACUCACAAAAGUCCCUUUCUUGGCCUUUAUUCCAGAAAUUCUGCUCUGUGUUAUCCUCUACACCGUUCUCACUGGUCUCUUCCGCUGGGACAAAGAUGGCCUUGCUAUCCUAGCCCCCGCUGAUGCUGGUGGUAUCCAGCUCCCCUCCAUCCCUUCUGCACCUGAGGGCGUCCCUGUCCGCAGUCUGUUUGGUACCGCUGUCCUGAUCUCGAUCAUUGGUUUCGUCGAGUCGAUUGUCAUCACCAAGCAGUACGCCACCAAGCACAACUACUCUGUCAGUCCCAACCGCGAGUUGGUCGCCAUGGGUGUCGCCAACAUCUUCGGAGGUCUCUUCCAGGCCAUCCCCGCCUUUGGUUCUCUUUCCCGCAGUAAGAUUAACGACAAGGCCGGCGCUCGUACCCAGCUUGCUGGGUUCAUCACCGCUCUCAUUGUCCUCUUGUCCAUCUUUUUCUUGUUGCCUUAUUUCUAUUAUCUCCCCAAGGCUGUUUUGGCUGGCAUCAUUUGCGUUGCGGCCUUGUCGCUGCUCUCAGAGACCCCUCACGACGUCAAGUUCAUGUGGCAGAUCCAAGCCUGGUUCGACUUGGGACUUUUGCUCCUCACGUUCUUUGCUACCAUCACCGUCUCUGUUGAGGCUGGAACUCUGAUCGCCAUUGCCUUGUCAUUCUUGCUUGUCAUCAAGACCUCGACUUACCCCCGCAUCACCAUCAUGGGACGUAUGCCUGGCGCCAAGGGCAAAUUCCGCCCUAUCAAAGACUACCCUGGCAUUGCCGAGCACAUUGAUGGUGUUCUUAUUGUCAAGGUCGAGGAAGGACUCUACUUUGCCAAUACUGGUCAGCUCAAGGAUAGACUCCACCGUCUUGAGGUCUUUGGAGACAUGAGCGUUCACCCCUCAGAGGAGGCUCGUCUCAACCCCGUGGACCACGUUAUUUUCGAUGUCGAGAAUAUGCCCACGCUGGAUGCCAGUGCAGCACAGAUCCUGCUCGAGAUUGUUGAUGCCUACCACGCCCGUGAUAUCAAGGUCUACUUUGUGAAGCUGCGUGAGAACUCGCGCGAGCUGUUUGUGAAAUCAGGGCUCUUGGAGCGUGCUGGUGGCGAAAGUCACUUCUUCAGAAGGACAGCUGAGGCCAUGGACCACAUUGAGCGCGAGACCUUAAGCCUGACUGAGAGCGAAGUUCAAGUUUGA